AUGAACGGGUCUAUGGGUCAGAAAGGAAGCAAUAACAGAAGAAGAAGACCGAGGAAUUCUCGUCCCAACAGCGAGAGUCAAGGACAACCAAAUUACGGUGUACCUCCACCAGGAUUUGAGAAUAUAGAGCCACCUCCACAACCGAGGAACCAGAACCGUCCGAACAGAGGAGGAAGGCCUCGCCUUGGAGGUCAGAAGUCGCCUACAAGAAAACCUACGAGUCAGCAUGUUAAGGUAACUUGUUAUUGUAUUUUAGUGUAUUAUUGGUUUAGGAACGACGAGAUCAUAACGGAAAACCUUUCGAAGGAUUGGCGGAAGACUGUGAUCUUUGUUGUCAGAAGUCUGAUGUGUUUGGAGUGGGGGAGUGUCUUCAUCCAGCUUGUAUGGAGUGUGUCAUUCGAAUGAGAUGUCUCGGGGAACAGAAAACUUGUCAUGCUUGUAGAACGGAGCUGGAUAAGGUGUACUUCGUGAGGAAUCCGUUGAACUGGAAGGUAUACAAGAUUCCCAACGACUUCAUUGUGCGCCAUCCUGAUUGUGGGUUGUUUAAUGUUGCUUUUGAGGAUAGCUAUGUGAUGGAAUGUUACGAACGGUACAACCUAUUUUCGUGUAAAGUGUGCGAAAGAAGGUACGUUUUAUUAUUGGUUUUACAAAAACAUGUUUUUAAUAAUUUAUUAUGUUUUAUGAAAGACUUAUGUUUCAGGGGAGAGUUUUCUGAAUUUCCAACAUUCCCAGCUUUGAAACAGCAUGUAACAACACAUGGUUUGACGUUUUGUCACAUUUGUUUGGAGCAUUUGAAUGUUCUGACUAAGGAUCGGGAACUUUACAACCAAAAUGAUCUCAAAAGGCAUAUGAAUGGAGAGAAAGGAAAGUUGGAAGGCUUCAAGGGACAUCCUCAAUGUAACUUUUGUAUGCAACGGUUCUACGAUGACGAAUUCCAAUAUCGCCACCUUCGGAAGGAACACUUUUACUGCUCUUUAUGUGAUACGAUGUUUGGAAAGAACCUGUUCUUCAAGUAGGUUCACCUCUGUAAUAUUAUAAUAUUUUGUCGUUUAGUCGCGUUGAGCAGUUACACCGUCAUUACAAGCAAGAACAUUAUCCAUGCUUGAGUCCUGAUUGUGUGGCAAUGGGAAUUGUGUUUAAAGAUGAAAUGGAACUUAAUGUUCACAAUGUAAGUGUGUCUGAGAGAUGUAGCUCUCGAAGUUAUUUAUACUAGAUUUCAUCGUCUUUCUACAAUUUUAAUCUUGUUAUCUUUUUCAGGCUCAGAACCAUAGUGGCCAUAAUCGUAGCAUUCCAGUAGACUUCCAGUUCAAUAGGAACGUUUCUCGCUUUGGAGAAACUUCAGGACGCGGCAACCAAGUUGUACAUUUAAAUACAUCUUCAGGAGUUUCUGUUGUUCCGGCCAGGGAACCGGUAGUCAAUUCGCCUCGGCAGCCUACCAUCAUUCAUUCUGCUCAAUAUACACGACAAGAACCUCGCACCGUUCCAGCACCUCCGAGAGUUCAAAUGAAUGAUUUUCCAAGCCUGGCACCUUCUGCAGCUAUUAGUAACCCAAACUGGAGGGUGAGUGCUCUUUAAAACGAUGAAUACCUAAUUUUUUAGUCCUCCGUUCAAGCGUCGCGACAACAAGCUCAAUCUACAUCUGUCAGACAGCCAUUAGAUCUGAGUAGCCAAUUCCCAACUCUCGGAGGACAAGUACAUCCUACUCCAACAUCAUCUGCUCCAACGUCUUCUGGUUGGGGCAAAAAGAACAUUGCGGCUGUGGUAAGUCUUAAACGCACGGUAACAUAAAAUUUAGCUAAAACAACCAGCAAAGCCAGCUCCUAAGAAAACGGCAGUUCCAAGUGAAUCAAGAAAAAAGGUGGUCCCGUUGCCAGACAUUUGGCCUGAAAAUAUGCAAAAGAAGCUCGAAGCUAGGGAACAAGGCUUGCCCGAACCAUCAGAUAUUGAUCCGCCCUUGCCAGAUCCUUUAGUAGCGCUAGCCAAGAAGAAAGAACCAAAGAAAAAGACCGUUAAGGCUUCGAUUGUCAUGGAGAAGGUGAAGCCAACUCCUAUAGCUGAAGUAAACUCCAAGUUCAAUGUAUUUGCAUCAGUGGCGGACGAUGAUUCAGAAGAUGUGGCUACAGAAGAGUGGUUGUCAUCAACUGCCAUGAAGGCCAAGCAGAAGAAGAAGGUGGCUAAGCAACAAGAAAAAGAACGUCUACAAGAAGAACGACGAAAACAGAAGGAAGAAGAACUCAAGGUAAGCCAAUGAUACAGAUUAUAUAUGGUAACAACAAUAUAAAAAGUUAAUUUUUGGUAACAGCUUCGUCUAUGUCCACUAAUUAUGUUACUUUAGAAAAUGGAAGAACGAUUGACAUUAGAGAAGUUCUUGAAGGAAAAGGAAGAAGCUGAACUUUGUAAGAAGUUGGCACUCAAGAACUGGGAUGAUGAAGGUUCAGACCAAUCACAUACUCCAGAAGAAGGACCUGAAACCAGUAAGGCGGCGGUCGAAAACCAUCAAAACACCGAUGAUCCAUUGCUGAGAGCUGUAAGUUCUUCAAAGAUUACAUAGCAACAAGUUAUUGUGAACAGUGUUUUGCCGGUCCGGAUUUUCAAAAAUUGCAAAAUUGAAAACAACUUUUGAGCUUAUAAUUUGAACUUUUAAAAAAUAAAUAACUUUUGUGAAGGUCCGUCUCAUACAAGUUCCUCGCUAAACAUUUGGACCGGCCGGACCGAAUCUGACAAUUUACACAGAAUGUUAGUCUGUAUUUCUAGUUGAUGGAGAGCAACAAACAAUAUGCUGAAGAGAGAAAUGGUCCUCCCUCAGCAUUGGAUCGGAUCAAAGCUCUGACUGGAUGGUUUGCAGCCCCUGAAUCCAACAAGUCCCCGGAACGACCAAAUUCAUCUUCACCAUCCAUUGCACCUCCACCCGGUUUCGAGAAUGUACCUAUUCAAAAACCUCCCGGUUUGUAA